GAAGCGCGAACAAACGAGAAGCUCUGAUUCGCCCAACUCCCUCUCCGUCGCUCCGUUUCAGGUCGGCGUGAUCGGAAUAUUCUAGAGACGACGAUGGUGGAGUUGGAGAAGAAUCCUUGGGUGAGUAGUGAGCGACAAAUCGACCGAGUUGAAAUCGACGGUAAGGAUUUGUCCAUCAUCAUGCCGGAGCUUUCGGUUUUGGAUAGAGGCGACGCCGGAUUCGUCGCUGUGGCGAAGCGGCCGGACGGCGGCGAGAGGUGUAAGACGACGUCGGAUUGGAAGCUCGGGGUUGCGGAACGAGCUUUCUCCGCCGCCGGCGCCGCGUUUCUGUCCGCGAUUAUCGUUAAUCCGCUUGAUGUAGCCAAGACGAGGUUGCAAGCGCAGGCAGCUGGCGUGCCUUACUCGCAUCCGCUGAGUAAUAUCACGAGUCGGAUGGCUUUUUUCGGGCCUACCACGCUGUUUGCGGAUUUAAGGUGUUCGCCGUCGUGCACACGUGCUGGAAUUCAUGGUACCGUAUCAAUAUGCCCACCAGAUUGUUUUCAGUACAAAGGCACACUAGAUGUUUUCGGCAAAAUCAUUCGGCAGGAAGGGUUCGCAAGGUUAUGGAGAGGUACAAAUGCAGGAUUGGCCCUCGCGGUUCCAACAGUGGGAAUCUAUCUACCGUGCUAUGACAUUUUUCGCAACUGGUUAGAGGAAUUCACUGCCCGUCAUGCUCCCAGCACAACUGUAUAUGUUCCUUUAGUUGCUGGCUCUUUGGCACGCUCAUUAGCUUGUGCAACUUGCUAUCCUAUAGAACUUGCUAGAACUCGCAUGCAGGCAUUUAAAGUGAUGCAAAAUGGUGCAAAGCCUCCUGGUGUCUUGAAAACUCUAUUGAAUGUUGUCUCUCAAGUCAAGACAACAAGUAAUAAUGCUGAAAGCAACUUAAGAGGCUAUCGUGUCCUCUGGACUGGUAUGGGAGCACAACUUGCUCGUGAUGUUCCCUACUCUGCAAUCUGUUGGGCAACUCUUGAGCCUAUCAGGAGAAGACUUCUAAAUAUUGUAGGUGAUGAAGCAAAUGCGGUCAGUAUCUUUGGGGCAAAUUUUUCAGCUGGUUUUGUUGCAGGAACCAUUGCUGCUGCAGCUACAUGUCCAUUGGAUGUUGCAAAGACCCGAAGACAAAUAGAGAACGAUCCAGUCAGGCAACUGAAAAUGACAACAAGGCAAACACUAAUGGAGAUUUGGAGGAGUGGAGGACUCAAGGGACUAUUCACAGGGGUUGGCCCUCGUGUUGGUCGUGCUGGCCCUUCGGUUGGGAUUGUUGUUUCCUUCUAUGAAGUCGUGAAGUAUGCUCUACAUCAACGGCGUGCAACUUCAUGACAGAGAGGGUUACUGUGUUCUUUUCUCUCCUGUUUCUGACCCUUCGAAGGUGUUAUUCAAUGCGGUGUUUGGUAACUUGCUUAUGGGAAUCAUAUGCACAAGGAAGGCCACCUACAAAUUUUGUAGAUACAGUAGAUUGAAGAUAACAAGUUCUUAUCUUUCCUAGGCCUGCAAGUGCAGGAUUUAACCUUCUUUCCUACAGUCUUAGGUGUUCUAUAUGUAGUUGCUCAAUGCCGAGCAUUUAGAUUGUUUCCUUUGGGCAAUAUUUUUUUCUGAGACCUGAUCUCAGUUAAUAAUUUAUGUCUGAAGAGACUAGAUGAAAUCCUCAAUUCAAAUUUAAUGACAAUCCACUUUGUUCUACAUUUCAUUCAACUCUUAAAGAUCAGCUGAGUUUACAUUGCGGACCG